CUUGUGUCUCCAAUAGACGUCUUUGAUGAGUUAACUCCAUCUCUACAGAUGGUACAACUCCGCAUUGUCGUAAGUAGUAUAUCAGACUGGGAUUGCGCUUUAAUCCGUUGAAUCGUCGUUAUUGUCGUUUGUCGUUCUUCUUGAAGUCGUGCGGUACAGAUAUUUUCUACCUUCCCCGUUCUCUAUUUCGAAAAGUUCAUUUUCUUUCGAGCCAGACCAGACAGUUUGUUUGCAAAAGCACACACGCACACACACACAUCAUGGCUACAGCAGACUAUAAACAGAUAUCGGCAAUAGCUCGAAAGAGAAGAGCAGCCAACAUUGCCGCUUAUUACAAGACUCCGACGUGGAACGAAGCAGACUUGCCACGAAACUUGACCGAAUUCGCGUUGAAAUCCGGCUACUACACCGACGACGAACUGGCCAUCAUCCAGUCCGAAGCGGAUGUGAUUCUGGACAAGAUCAAGACCAAAGCCUGGACGGCGCUUCGAGUGACUCAGGCCUUUUGCAAGGCCUCUGCCUUGGCCCAGGAACUGACAAACUGUCUCACCGAGGUGUUGUACGCCGAAGCCUUUGAACGCGCCAAGUAUCUCGACGACUACCUCGCACGCACGGGUAGGACCAUUGGGCCUCUCCAUGGACUCCCCAUCUCCCUCAAGGACUGCUUCAUCACGGCUCCCCACCCAUCCUCGAUAGGAAUGGCCGCCUACGCCAACGAGCCGCUCCAGAAGGACACCCUCCUGGUCACCAUCCUUCGCGACCUGGGUGCCGUCUUCUACGUCAAGACCAACGUGCCGACGGCCAUGAUGAUGGCCGAGACCAACAACAACAUCUGGGGCGAAUGCCGAAAUGCCCUCCACAAGGGCCUCAGCCCCGGAGGCUCCAGUGGCGGCGAAGGGGCCCUGAUAGCGUUCAAGGCGUCUCCCCUCGGCGUGGGAACCGACAUCGGUGGCUCCAUUCGCAUACCGGCCGCCUGGUCAUACAUGUACGGCCUCAAGCCCUCGUUCGGUCGGUAUCCAGUCUACGGUGGAAAGUCUGGAAUCCCAGGCCAGGAACACAUUCUGGCAGUCAACGGACCCAUGUCCAGAUCGCUAAAGUCUCUCCAAAUAUACUCUGAAGCCGUCCUAUCAGAGAACGUAGCACCAUGGGAAGUUGACCACAAACUCCUCCCCAUCCCGUGGCGCAAGAACGUCAUCCAGCCACCUGGUCGCAAAUUGAGGAUUGGUAUCAUCGGCAUCGACGACGGCCUGACGACCGUACACCCUCCGGUCGAGAGAGCGAUCAACAUGACCCGAGCUGCACUGGAAAAGGCAGGUCACGACGUGUUUACAUGGUCAGCUUCCGAGGACCACCCUGCCAUCGUCAAGAACAUCCAAGCGGCCUUCUUCGACCUGGGCGCCGCCGCCAUAACGGACUUGCUCAAACCUUACGACGAACCUUUCUUCCCCAGCAUGGAGGGCUACGGCAUCGCGGCCGCCGCCGGGGAGGGCGGCAUAGGGCCGACCAAGAUGCGCCUGAUGAACCUCAAGCGGAACGAGCUCCAAAAGGCCUACCUCGACCGGUGGAACGCCACCGCGGCCGACGGCAAGCCCAGGAUGGACGCCAUCAUUUGUGCGUGCUCCCCCUGGGCGGCUCCCCGUCUCGGCCAGACCCAGGAAAACUUUUACGUCGGGUGGACCGGGUUUGUGAAUUAUCUAGACUUCCCGGCCUGCACGUUCCCCGUGACCUUGGCCGACAAAACCCUCGACAAGCCUCGCGACAAGGCAUCGUUCAACCAGCUGAGCGACAUCGACGGACGCAUCCAGGCCGACUACGACGCCGACUUUUACCAUGGCGCCCCCGUGGCAUUGCAGGUCGUGGGCAAGCGGUUGGAAGAGGAAAAGGUGUUGGAAAUGACUCAAAUCGUGGCCGAUGCGUUGAAAGCCGCGUCGUGAAGUAUUUAUUUUACAUAGUACCUCGAAUGGAC